CACGAGCCGACGGGUUUAUAAUUGACUGGUAGUCACCAGUCUCGCGCAUGUAGGAGCGCUAUUUCCUCUCAUUGUCGAGCGGUCGUGAGCAGGAAGUCGGAAAAGAAAGCAGAAACUGAGGGGGCAGGGCCAUUUAAAAAUACCUGCUACCCUAUAAUAACGGGACCACAGACAGCAGCCCUACGGGACAGUGCUGUGGAGGCUUGCAGCACAAAAUGCAGCACAGAGGAGAAACCACGCUUGAGGCACACGCUACAUUUAUCACGCCGUUGCACUGGAGCAAUUAAACAGCGCGCUUGGGGAUCUGCCUGUCACCGCGUAUUAUUCCGAAACAACAUAGACUAGGAUGAGAACUGAAUGCGUGGAGACAGACUCGAAUGCAAAGAAGCUACGUUGAUGCACUUGGGAUUUAGCGUGUUGAUCUUCAGUGCACUGAGAAGGCAGCAAAGCAGGUGCUUCAGGUCUCUGAAGCGUUUUUCUCUGAAGGGACUUCAUUUAGCAGGACGUUGAUGGUCUUUCAGCACCGCAGACGGCGAGUGUGGGACAUAUUUGGCUGAAAGUGCGCAUAUCAAAUGUAAUAGUCAGUUAUUCCUGAACAAUAUAUAAUAUGGCAUCUACAAUUGAACGGAAAACACUGGAAACGAACGAGGAACCCGUGGACGAGGUGCUUCAGAUGCCGCCGUCGCUGCUGACCUGUGGCGGCUGUCAGCAGAGCAUCGGGGACCGCUUCUUCCUCAAGGCCAUAGAGCAGUACUGGCACGAGGACUGCCUGAGCUGUGACCUCUGCGGCUGCCGCUUAGGGGAGGUGGGCCGCAGGCUGUACUACAAACUUGGCAGGAAGCUGUGCAGGAGAGACUACCUCAGACUGUUUGGUCAGGACGGACUCUGCGCUUCCUGUGAAAAGAGAAUCCGGGCCUUUGAAAUGACCAUGCGUGUCCGUGACAAAGUCUAUCACCUGGAAUGCUUCAAAUGCGCUGCCUGUCAGAAACACUUCUGCGUUGGAGAUCGCUACCUGCUCAUCAAUUCGGACAUUGUGUGUGAGCAGGACAUUUUUGAGUGGACCAAAAUUAAUGGCAGCAUGAUAUAGUGUUCUGCUAAAGUCAUAAGCAUUUGCAAUAAACCCUUUACUAAAAAAUAAUAGUGACCUUUCUAGCUCCAGGAGCCAUGCCAUGGACAUUUUCAUCUCAUAUAUUUGAGAAACAUUGUCACCAGCAACAUACACUUGUUUUUCUAUUGGUGUAUUUUUAAUAACAGCAUAAAUGCAGUAUGCAAUAGAAGCAGAUUCCCUUUGCUACUCACACAGAAAGUUAGAUUAAGACUAUAGUAUUAAUAGUUUUGAAGUAAUACACUUGCCAUAAAAUGUGAAAAGAUCUUUCUUUGAACCUGAAUAAAGAAAAUGACUGCCCCCAAGCAAACAGAUGUGAUGCAGAAUUGAGCUACUGACUCACUUACCAAUAACAACAUAUUAAAAGACAGACAUAAAUUACUUAUAAUAAAUGCAGUAAAACUAGAUUUGUGAACACAUAUUCACUGGUAACUAAGAGUUUUCCCUCAACAAACUUCUAGUUUGCUGCUUAUUGAUAGUUAGUAAAGUGGUUGUUGAGUUUAGGUAAGGUAGGGUUAAGUGAUAUAAAAUAUGGUCAUGCAGAUAAGUACUAAUAAAUACUAAUAAACAGCCAGUAUACAUUAUGCAUGCUAAUAAGCUACUAGUUAAUUUUGAGAAUUGGUGCUUAAAGUAGUGUUACCAUUAAUGCUAUUUAAAUACACACAAUACAUACAGUACUGUGCAAAAGUGUGAGGUCAUAAGAUUUUUUAAUGUAUGUGAAAGAAGAUUCUUACUGUCUUUAUUUGAUUAAAGAUUAUAAAAGCA